GUGUGAGCAUAGUCGGCUUGCCUCCCUCAACCGUUCAACAUGCCUCUCGUAACUCUCUUCACCAACCUCCCGGACCACAAGCUUUCCGAGGAGCUCCAUCUCGCCCUCUCUUCGAAGCUCUCCGAAGUGUUAGCGAAGCCCGAGAAAGGUUUCUCCGUGACUAUAAUGGGCGGCCUUCGUAUGACUCGGGGUGGUACGCUUGCGCCCACGUGUGAGCUGCGGGUGGAGGCUAUCGGGUUCAAUUCCCGCGAGCAGACCCAGCCAGCAGCCCGCGCCCUCACCGACUUCCUGGCCGAGCAAACUGGUAUCCCUCCCAAUAGGAUUUUGAUGAACUUCUGUGAUCUGAGUCCUCACAUGAUCGCCUGUGAAGGGACGCUCGUGGGAUGAGGAGGAGGGUGCAGAAGGGGGAGCGAAGGGAGGGGGAAGAAAAGAAAGAGGAGGGAGAUAAGAUUGCGUUUACAUGUUGGUGGUAAGAGAGGAGGAGGAGGAGGAGGAGGAGGAGGA